GGCGUGGGGUGGACAGCGCGCGCUAUAUAAAGCCUGCCGGCGCCGCUAUGACCAUCACAGCCUCCUCUGCUCUUGCACCGGCGACAUCCACCGCACGCUCUCGCCAUGAAGGCUCUGACCACAGCCCUGUUGCUGACUGUGCUGGCAGCUUACUGCGGUGCUACUGAGGAGAAGACAGUGCAGAAGCGAGGCCUGCUGGGUGGCUACGGAGGCUACGGUGGCUACGGUGGAGGCUACGGAGGCUACGGUGGAGGCUACGGUGGCUACGGAGGCUACGGCCUGGGCCGCGGCUAUGGCGGCUACGGAAGCUACGGUCUAGGCCACGGCAUCGGCUACGGUGGCUACUCCCGCGGCAUCAGCAUCGGCUACGGUGGACUCGGAGGCGGCUACGGUGGCUACGGAGGCUACGGUGGUCUCGGCCACGGCAUCGGCUACGGUGGCUACUCCCGAGGCAUCAGCAUCGGCUACGGUGGACUCGGAGGCGGCUACGGUGGCUACGGAGGCUACGGUGGCUACGGAGGCUACGGUGGUCUCGGCCACGGCAUUGGCUACGGUCACCAUGGCUGAGAGCCUCUUCUCGCUUCUCCACUGUCCCUUCUUCUCCAUCUUCCACACACCAUUGCACAUAUUCCAGCAACAUUUACGAGACCUCUAAUUUGAGCGAGUGCACAUGUGUGCAGCGUUCAGUUAUAGCUUGCCCUACUAAGUCAUCUAGGGACAGCAUUUUUCUGGCUGUGUAACCAAACUCUUCUCCAUAAAUCCAAUUUUUUACAUUAGUCUCCUGGUCUCUCUGUUCUGCAAAAUAAGUUGAAAUAAACCAUAUACUUUUCUAAAUA